UGUUUAUCUUCAGUGCGGAAUGAGUGAGAAUUUCGGCUUCUCAAAAAAAUAUUGCAAUUUUGCGGAGAAUUUAUCCGGAUUUCGUCAUUUGCCAUUAAUGCCAUCAAUUUGUUAAAUGGAGUGCUAAAGUCGCGGGUGCAUCAGAACGUGGAGGUUUCUAAUUAAAGUGGAAAACAAGCGCAAGAGAGGAAGUUGAAGAAACGAAGCUUUGUGCCCUAAGUGCAGGUGUAAUUUUCCCGAUCCUAAUAAGAAGCGGCUGUCAUGAGCCUUCUUCCAAAAGGCACGUCCCGUAUUCUCAGCUGCUGACGAAAUACUUCGGAUCAAAAUAAAAAUGUUUGUUUGAAGAGUGUUUAUAAUUAGGCUGCAGAGCGUCACGAAAGAUGUAUUCCCAAUACAGGGACAGUAUAUGGAACAAGAUUCGGGCGAAGAACAGUGAAAUGAACCGAAGCUUCAACCGGGAAAAGAAUCAUCCGGAAGAUAGUAUGAGUUCCGAGUGGGAUUUGAGUCAGAUUGAGCUGCAAGAGGAACGCAGUCCGGAGACUAUUCCAACGAUUGAGUUGGAAGACGAUGAUGAGGUAGAUGUGGGAAGUGCCCCACAGAAGGUUCGUACUAUCCCAAUCCGGAUUGAGCGAUCCGUUUCGCCAACGGUGGUCACUUCCCCAUCGCCGCCGACAAUGCAGCACUAUCGUGGAUUACUACCGCCGCCGGGAAUUAUCAACCGGACACCUCCAGUGGGGCAGAGAUCGCCGGUCGCCGUUUCACCUUCGCCGGCAGGGAUCAUACUGAAUCGGGUCUAUCACAAGAACCCGACCCCGCAGAAGGACAACUAUUUCAGCUUCAUGGAUACGCCACCGUCGCUGGGAGCAUUGCCAGCGUCGGUUAUCUUCGGCGAUCGGCCAGUUAGUACGGAACCAAAGAUAGUAAUGACCGCCAACCACUACGACAAGCAAAUCAUUCGUCGCUCGUUUGAUAAGCCGAAUACGGCUUCGUCAACGAAGACCAGCCGCCAGCAGAAAAAUAACGGCCCAUACCGUUUGUUGGGGGUGAUCGAUCUGGAACCCGACACCGAGUCAGAAACCACGGAAUCGUGCGCGCAAUCAGUCAGCGGGGAUGAACCGACCUCGACAUCUAAGUCGUCGAAGAAUCGAGACAUCCGGACCCCUACCAAUUCGGCACUCUUGGGGGGUGGGUCUCAUUCGUUGAAAGGCGCAGAUAACAAGCCUCUUACGAUAGAGAUAGAUGAGGAUGAAAUCCACGAGGAAGAUACUCGGAUGGAACUGUCCGAUGAGGAAACAGAAGAACCGGAUUUACAGGAAGUUGUUGACGAUCAGCCAAUGGCUGGGACGUCCAAGGACAGCGCUAGUGCCAAGAUACCUAUGGAUCAAUGCACUUUGAAGGAUUCGGACACCAGUUCGACUGCACAGAUGAAUCCGUCCUCGAUGGCAAAUUCCUUCUGGGAUGUGUCCAGUUCAGGAUGUGCCAAGAUGAACGAUCACAAAACCACAUCGUUGAAUAGUCGAUGUAACAAAGGAACGGAAUUUGAUGUAAUGUUGGAGAAGAUCAAUCAGCAAGUGCCUGCGAUGUCCCAACAGGAUCGCGUUGAGCACUGGCGCGUAACGAAAGAGGAUCUUCUGUACUCUAUUCCAACGGUAGCCGAAAUAGAGAGCACCAAUUCUGUGAAACGGCCGAUGGAUGAAGCGAUUCACAUUUCAAGCAGUGAAAGUGGUUCCGAUUCGGAGACCAGCGAUAGUCCUAGUUUACUCCGGGAGCGCCACCUGCGAGAAAAGUACAAAAAACGACGAAUGGCCGUUGGGACGGGUAAACCUGCUUCUUCAUCCUUGCCUUUGAGCGAGGAUUUGGAUUUUCGGAGGAGCCAACUAAAUCCUGAAAUCGAUAAACGACCCAGUAUGAUUGAGAUCCGUAAGCAUUAUUAUAAGUUUCCCACACGGUUCGACCCGAACGCUGAAGAAAAAGACGAAUCGAGUGAGAAGUCUUGCUUCCGUAACCCGUACGCCACAUUCUUGCAAGACGAGAAGGAGAAAGACAAAUUCACCGGAUACUUACGUCGCAAUCCGGCGUACUGCCCGAAUCUUUUGCCACGUGCGCGCCACCUUCCGGCCGGAGACGGAAACAAAGUAGCCGUCGUUGUCUUGUCGCCGCUCAAGCUUCAAACAAUGAACGAAGGCGUCGAGAUUGCGCAAAACAAUAGCGGCACGAACUCCUCCCGACAGCAACCCGAACAUCACCCCGAGCGACCGAAAUCAGCUGAUCGGAUCUCGCAUUACGGUAAAAGCCGAACUCGCCAUCGAGCUCCGCCAUCAGUCGUUGGCAGGAAGCGGCGCUACAAAGUUCACAACUCCCAACUCAAGAAGAAGAAAUCCAUAAUGGUAGUUUCGUCGUCCAAUUUGCGCAGCUACCGGCGCUUGAUUCUGAAAGCCGGACUCCGCAGCGGAAAGGUCCGCAAGAAGCAGUCGUUUGUAAAUCUCAAACAAAGCCGUCGCUCGAAGCGGACAGCUGAGUCAAUCCUCAAACCCGAAGCGCAAAUUGCUCUGGUCGAACCUCCGGGCGCGGUUCGGCGUAAUAGCCGCGUGUCGGUGGACAGCGCAGUCAGCAGUUCGACUUCCGCCGAGCGUCAAACCGCGAACAAGAAUCGAACAUCAGCUGGCGUCGCUCCAGAAACUCCCAAACUGCCGGUCCCGAGUGAGUUGCGUACGAUGAAGAAUCCCCUGAAUCGAUCGAACGGUGAAGUGCAAAUGGUUUACUACGCGACCGAUACGGUCAUUGUGGUCCAGCAGGAGCUGAUAAGCUUCUGGCAGUGUUCGAAGCUGGCCUCGCUGCUGGGACUGCAGCAGGAGCUGCAACUUGCGGGGCAGUUGAAGCGUGCGCAGAGCGACACCCUUGUCGAUCCAACCAAUUUCAAUCGGCUCGGGUUCAACGAAGACGAGAUAUUCUACCUGGAACCGCGAGCUCGUAACUUGGACGAAGACGAAGCUCGCUUGUGUCCGCUGGCAUCGCUCUACGUCAACUGCUACUUCGUGGGUGAGAACGAAGAAGGCAAGGAUACGCCCAGCCUUCGUAUGAAAUCCCUCCAGCUGGAUACUGUGCGAAGCGAAAUAUCCGACGUUCUGUUCAUCCCGUUGCCACAGUCGCGCUACUUCAUCAUUUGCUGGCACGAGCAGUUGGUGGAAAAUGAGCACCGAACCGGAAUGUGCAAGUACAGCCUGACGCCAGAUUUGGAAACCCUGGCGAGUAUUCGGGAGUUUCCCACCGUGACGCAUAAGAUAUCUAGUUUGAGGUGUUUGGACGAAAAACGACUCAUCGGUCUGGGGAACACUACGGUUGCCAUUUGGAACUACGACAAUGGGUGUUUGAUGUUCACAGUGGAUUUGAAGGUGGACAUUCAGACGCCGUUAGCUGCUUUCAUUCACACGGAAAAUGAUGACAGCGCUCUGUUCCUGAUUCAAAUGUGUCAGUCUGCCGGGGAAAAUCCCACACGCAAAACCAUCAAAAUUUUAGCCAUCAAUAUGAACAAACGUUCGUGGCAUCUGGUGCAAACCUACGAUGUACCCUUGGAAUCUAGCAGCAUUCUCACGGAUUCAUCCACCCUGAACGGACUCGGACUGCACUGCACCACGUUCCAGAGCGGCGAAUUGCUGGCAAUCAGCCUGGAUGAUCUCACUACGUGUUUUACCAAUCACAAGCAGCUGCAGGGCCCGGACAGUCGGCGUAUCACCCGAGACAACGUGGCCAUGCGCGAGAAGAUUUUUCUCAACGCGGCCAACGGCCGGCAGAUGGUGCUGGUCAGUGAUAAGUCUGUUAAGCUAAGAACGAUCGAUGAGUAUGCGCUUGCAUGCAGAUAAAAUGGGGAAUCGAAUCGAUUAUGGACAUCGAUUCGCCUAAUAGUCAGUCAGUCAGAAAAUUGUGCAUAGUGGAGAUGGGUUGCGUUUGCGGAAUCGGAGUGAAUCGAGCGAGUUAAAACAUGUAUUCAGAUAUCGUGCUUCAGGUCAGGAGAAUCGUUAACUUCUCGUCCUCAGAUGUAUAUCUUCAGUAGCGGAAGCUUUAUUUUGUGUUGUUGAUACUAAUUUUAGCUUUUUAAAAAACGUCAUUUCGUUACACGAUACAUCUCUUCAGUCGUACUCGAUUGAAAACAAUUUGUGAGUCCGUUUUUAGUAAUACCUUAGAUACUCUAUUUUGGUAAUAGGCAUCACAAGUUUGUUCAACAUGGUAGAGCUUUGUGUUCAAUGGAUUCACGAGACUUGGUUCGAUUAUUCAGACUAAUAUAUAUAUUUUAAUAUACGUUCUCCUAUGCCGGAUCGUAGCGCGAUGAACUGAGAAUCAAGAAAAAAUAUUUUAAUAUUUACUACAAUGUAUUUGAAACCCUACUAGCACUGAAUAACUUAUUCGACAUGGAAAUUCGAGUGUAGCGAAUUUCCAUUUGCUAACUAAUUGUUACUAUGAACAAAUGUAUGGCGAUUUAAAAACUGAAAAAGCAAAAUAAACAAAAUGAUUUAUUUUUGAACCUUAAA